UAUAUGUUAUUUACUCCUCUCUCUCUCUCUGAUCGGAACAGCACCGCCGCAUCUCCUUCCACUUUCUCUCUCCUUUACCUGUCUUUCCUGAGAAACAAACAAACCGUUACCUAUCAGAACUCUCCACAUGUAUUAAAAAAAGUUAAAAGCACUCCCCAAUCAAAUAACCAAACGAUAACGAUUUGAGAGAUAAUAUCCGACUCUUCUCUCAGAGUUUAUCCAUUUGCCUCGUUUUUAGCAAUUCUAAAAUUUUCUCUCUGAUUUUCUAGGCAUUGUAUUACUAUCUGUCAUCACCGUUUUUCUUUUUAAUUUUCUCGGGAAAAGAUGAUGAGAAGACAAGAUCAACAUUCCAAGCUCUUUUACGAGCUCUCUGUUAUGAUUCUCAACAUUCUUCGAUCUCCUCCUACGCCGAUUCAGUUUUCCGAUCACUCUCCGGCGAUUCAUACGCCGCCGCCGGUGUCUUCCUCGAGGCGACCAUUGCCGCCGGCGCAGUCGAUGUCCCCGGCGGGAUUUGCGUCGUUGCUGUUAGGGAUUUCGCUGGCUUUGAUGCUCUGUGGCUCGGUUACGUUUUUUAUUGGAUUCAUGUUGAUGCCUUGGGUUAUUGGAUUGGUAAUGUUCCUCUAUGUGGUUGGGAUUGUGUCCACUUUGUCGAUGCUGGGACGCGCGAUUCUUUGUCACACCAUGUCACCGCCGAGGAAAGAGGUUCCAGCAUGGAAACUCUUGUGAUGGUCGUUCAGAGUUGGUUAGAGCACACGUUGGAGGAUUCAGUAGCACUAUCGUUCUUUUUCUGGGUGGGGUGCUGCCUUUAGCAAUGUAGAAGGGAAAAGAACAUUUUCCGGGCUUCUUGGAGAAUACAGGAGAAACUGUUGAUUUUUUUUAAUUUUUUUUUAAGAAUUACUUAAGCUUGUGGAUAUGGCUUUUUUGUUAAGUAGAAUAGUGUACUGUUGAAGGUUUCUAAGAAGUAAUGUCUUGAUUAGUAAUUACAUAGGGGGGAACAGAUAGAUUGCACUCUGUUUCUACUUGUUCUAUUUUUGUCUUAAUUCACUCUGUUAUUGAUUUUGUGCUUUUUAGAA